AUAAAUAAUCCAUGUCCUAGACCACCGGCCAAAACAAAUGCGGAUAUUCGAACAGCAUCUAGAACUCACUCCAUUGAACUGGUUUCAAACAUGAGGCUCGUACAAUAGUCAUAAGAGUUUCAGUGGCCAAAAACUCAGCCAUGACUUAGCAUUACCUAAAACCACGGUACUAGUAGGAUGUAUACUACAGCGGACACCUGAGGAAUGAACCUGUGGGGGGGUACUGUGAGGGAAGAGCCAAUGAGAGAUAAGCAACAAGUCACUAAGCGAUUGGAAAUCCAUGAUGCAAGACCCGAAGAGGCUUAGCGCCUGCUGACCGGGAUCUUUGUAAGCUCCAUCUCAUCGUUGAUCUACUGCAAAGAUGCCAAUAUUGAGAUGCUUAUCAGCCGAUUAUAAGACUUGACUAAACUGUCGUGUUCUAAUGGCUCCAGUUUUUUCUACAAGUUCUCGUUCAUCAUCAAGCCAGUAUAAAUAUCCCCCCCCCAGCGCCGAUGAGACUCCUUCUGUCGUUUUCAAUCGCAAUCACUGCAAUCAUCCUAUCGCUAUAUUCUAGCCAUCUUAAAGCGCUAGUGUUCCAUAUACAACAGAAAGUGUCCACCCGACGAAACAGCACCACAACCACCCCAAUUCUUCCAGAACAAAACAACGCAGACUCCUUCCCAGUCACUAUAACACUCCCAACCAAUAAAAUGGCUGUUCCUCGCGCAAUCCGCCAAGUAUUCCUAGCCAUCGAACAAGCCGAAGGCGCCGGGGCCCGAGUCCGCCGCUCAAUUGGCACCCCCAAGCUCCGCAAUUUCAGCCCGUUCCUCAUGCUCGACCACUUCACCGUCGGUAAAGGCGCCGGCUUCCCCGACCACCCCCACCGCGGCCAAGAGACCAUUACCUACCUCCUGUCUGGCGGGGUCGACCAUGAAGAUUUCGCCGGCAAUAAGGGCACUAUUGGACCCGGCGAUUUGCAAUUCAUGACCGCCGGUCGCGGAAUCAUGCACGCCGAGAUGCCGCACGAGAAUCCCGACGGUAGCCCCAACGUCGGCAUGCAGUUGUGGGUCGAUCUCCCGAAGCAUCUCAAGAUGUGCGAGCCGCGCUACCGGGAUCUGCGCGCGACGGAGAUUCCCGUUGCGACUGUGGAUGAUGGUCGCGUGACGGUCAAGGUUAUCUCCGGGCAGUCGCAUGGGGUUGAUUCAGUACGUGAUCUCGCCUACACGCCCGUCUGGUUGCUUGAUGUCACGAUUCAGCCCGGCGGGCGUAUUGCGCAGCCGCUGCCUAAGGGGUGGAAUGCUUUUGCGUAUACCCUUUCCGGGAAUACGGUGUUCGGUUCGAAUGAUGCGACCAAGGUAGUCAAGGAGUUCCAUAAUGUGGUUCUUGAGCAAGGCGGAGAUUACGUGGAGGCUUCGGUGCCGGAUAAUGCGGAGUCGGAGUCGCGGUUUAUUCUGGUGGCCGGUCAGCCCUUGGACCAGAAGGUCGUGCAGUAUGGUCCGUUUGUGUUGACCAGCCAGGAGGAGGUGUACCAGGCUAUGGUGGACUAUCAGACCGCAUCCAAUGGGUUCGAGAGAGUUCGUGGAUGGGAGAGUGAGAUCGGCAAGCGAAUGGCGUUCUAGAUUAUCAUGGGUUUGAUGAGAGUUUUCUGUACUGUAUGACGAUACUCAAUGUGGCGUUUAUUUGUUAUCUGCUGUAAACAUUGAAAAUGUUGUGCAUGGAUACGGUGUUUUAAGAAGUCCAAUUCCAAUAGAAGCUUAAUAAUGUUUGAUGAUAUCUCCACCGUUUCGAGGAGGCUGUGCGAAAGAAAUCGGUAGACAUAACGGGAUGAGUUUUUUCGAUUCAUAACAUAGAUUUGAAUUGAUAUCACUGGUGCACAAGCCAAAAAGAAUAAACAAGUCUAGGAGAUGCGAGAUUAAAAGAGGAAAGAGAAUGGUUCCGGCCCCUGUAAAGAAAAAAAAAAAAAAAAA